AUGUUAAAGAAACCUUAAUAAUAACAGCCAACAAAACCAAGUACAAGAGUUCCAACAUUGGCUAAUGAUGAAAAUUAGCAACAAUAGGUUAGUCUUACUAUUCAUAAUGUAGAGAUCUGAAUAAGCCCAAAAGUAUACUCUAAAUCAAAUUGUUGGAAAUGGCACUUUUGGAAUGGUUUAUUUAGUAUCAUACAUUUAUCAUUAUAUAGGCCACCAAUUCUAUUACAGGAGAAAAAGUAGCCAUUAAGAAAGUGUUUUAGGAUAAGAGAUAUAAAAAUAGGGAGCAUUUGAUCAUUUAAGAACUCAAUCAUCCAUGUGUAAUUAAGUUGAAAGAAGCCUUUUUCACUUAAGGAGAUAAAGUAUAUAUGCAUUUGAUUAUUAGGGUGAUGAUGUUUAUUUAAAUCUGGUUAUGGAUUAUAUACCUGAUACAUUAAGCAAAGUAGUUAGAUAAUACAGAAAAGCUAAAUAGCAAUUUCCCAAUGUCUUAUUAAAAGUUUAUGGAUAUUAGAUGUUCAGAGCUCUAGCUUAUAUGGAAGGUAACAUUACAAGUUUAAAAAUUAGGAAUUGGUAUUUGUCAUAGGGAUAUUAAACCAUAAAAUAUAUUAGUAGAUCCAGCAACUCAUGUACUUAAAAUAUGCGAUUUCGGAUCUGCUAAGAAACUUCAAAAAGGUGAACCAAAUGUAGCUUACAUUUGCUCUCGUUAUUAUAGAGCCCCUGAAUUAAUUUAUGGUGCUACUGAAUAUAGUACAGCUAUCGAUGUUUGGUCUAUUGGUUGUGUGAUUGCAGAGAUGCUUAUUGGAGAGCCUCUCUUUCCAGGAGAAAGUGCAACAGAUCAGUUAGUUGAAAUUAUUAAAAUUUUGGGAACUCCAACACAAGAACAGGUCAAAAUGAUGAAUCCUUAACAUAAAGAUUUUAAGUUUCCACUCAUUAAAUGUCAUCCUUGGUAAAAGGUAAUUGAUGUUUAUUUAAAAUACUUUAGGUAUUUGCUAAAUUCAAACCAGAUGUUCAAUUUAUUGAUUUAAUUUCUAAACUUAUGGUAUAUCCUCCUAAAGAAAGAUUGAGACCAUUAGAAGCCUUAUUGCAUCCAUUCUUUAAUGAUAUAAGAUAAACAGGAUUUGGUAUUCCUAAUUAGACUUUACCAGACUUUUUUGAUUUUACUAAGGGUAUUAAAUGGGUAGAUAUUAUUUAUAGAGGAACUUUAAAUUUAACCUGAAAUUGCACCAAAAUUAUACCCAACUUGGUACCAAAAGAAAUAAUGAA